CAUAAACAUGGCCUUCCGACCAUUGGGCUCUGCAUUGCGCCUGUCGAACGCAUUGCGCGACACGAUCGCCAAGACAGCUGCAGACACAUUCGGACAUGUCAAGACACCUCGAAUUGUGCGCGAGACGGCGCUGCUCGAAAACCCGACCGACAAUCUCAAACUCGCCCCGCUUGUCAAUCAGAAGACCUUCCGCACAGCGACGAGCUUCCUGCGGCGACCGCUGAUCGGCGAGCGCGUGGCUUCACGCUACCCGCCUUACCUCGCGAUCAACUCUGUCCUGAAGCAUCUCCACGCGGUCGGCCAGCUGGCGAACGAGGAGGAGUCAGAUCGCCUGUUCAACCUGGAUCGCUUGCGGAAACGCGGCAAGGGCGCCCCCAAGAAGGGUCAAUCCAAGCGCGCCAACAAGAAAAAGUAAAAACGAGUUGGAUUGUGUGGAAGAAGUGUAUCAAUACAAUUUUGAACGUAACCCGA